AUGAGGUUAGAUAGACCGGUGAAAACAAUUGCCAUUAUCGGAGGUGGACCUUCCGGUGCCAUUGCCCUGAAUACACUCCUGGAAGAGGGAGAGUUUGAAGAGAUUGUCCUGUUCGAGAGAAGAGAUCAGUUAGGGGGUAUAUGGAAUCUCAACGAUAGUAAAUCUGACUCUGCUCUUAAUCUGACCGCUGAAGGUGUCAAAGAUUAUUCCCCUAACAUACCCGUUUUUGAGAGUAAUGAAUUGAUCAGAGAAGGACAUGAUUCGCCCCAUCAAAAGUUCUACGGAACUGCAGGUUACCCCGGUAUGAGGACCAAUGUUACUGAGGAUUUAAUGACCUUCUCCGAUGAUACAAAAUGGCCGCGGUUGAUUCCGCCUGAAGAAGCUGGGUUUACAAAUGCUGAAGCGGUUCAUGCUUAUCUAUUGAAGUAUUUUGAGAAAGUCAAGAGUAAGGCCAACUACAAGAUCGAAUUGCAAACUAGUGUCGAAGAAGUCACCAAAGCUGGGGAUAAAUUCCAAUUAGUACUCAAAAAAGAUCUGUCAGAUGGCAAAGAAAGAUGGUAUAAACAGCAAUUCGAUGCUGUGAUCAUAGCACCGGGAAACUUCAACGUUCCAUUUAUUCCAACCAAGUAUCCUGGAAUCCUUGACGUGAAUAAAGAUGUUUUGUUUCAUUCAAGAUUCUAUAAGAAUAACAAGCAAUUCACAAACAAGACUGUUCUUGUCGUCGGGUCAAGAGUUUCCGGUGUCGACAUGGUCAAACUGAUUUCACCCGUGGCAAAGGAGCUUUAUAUUUCACACAGAUCCACCCCAUCCACAAUUAAGAGUCAGAAUCUUUCUAACGUCUGGAAAAAGCCAGAUAUUUCAAAGGUUGAGCAGAGGGAUGAUGGCAAGGUAAGCGUUCAGUUCAAGGAUGACACAGAAGUUGUUUUUGACUAUAUUGUGUUUGCCACGGGAUAUCAAUUAUCUUUCCCAUUCUUGAAGAAAUUUGAUCCUGAUUUCACCACAGGAAAUCGAAUCAACAACUUAUAUCUGCACACAUUUUAUACACCAGAUCCCCUCUUGAUCUCGAUUGGACUCUACGUAUCGAGUUUAUCGUACAGGGCAUUUGAAUAUCAAGCUAUAACAGCUGCUAGAUUCUUGAGCGGGAAGGGUGAGCUUCCUUCCAAGGAGGAGCAACAAAAAUGGUACAAUGACAGAGUUGACCAAUAUGGAGACUCGAAAGACUUUUAUUUCCUGAACUUUGAUGAAAAUUUAGAUAUUUUUGACGAACUCAUUAAUGUUGGGGGAGGUAUAGAAGGGAAGAGGAGGUAUUUCGUGCUUACCGAAGACCAACACAGGUCAAGGGAGGCUGCUCGCAGAAGAUUAGAAGGAUUAGCUGAUACCAUUUAG